AGAAAUAGAUCGGAUAAAAUUGAAAAUUGAAGAAUUUAUAUAAAAAAAAUAUUGAUAUUUUUUUAGUUCUUCAAAUUAAACUUUAAUGUUCAUUGUUUCAAUAAUUUGACCGGUAGUGUUGCUUAAUAAAAUUUUAAGUAAAUAUACUGUGUUUCCAUAAUCUCUAUGGUUUUUACAACAAUUAUGUUUGUUAAUAUUGUGAAAUAUUGAAUUACCAAAUUCAACAACAGUUUUAAUUUAUUUAAAAGUUUCAGUUCAGUGGAAAAAUAGUAUGUCAGAUUCAGAUUCUAAAAAGAGAAAAAUGGAACUUUCAACUCCAGAGGACGUUAUAACAAAAUUCCACAACUUAGAUGGCGAUUUGAUAUGUGAAAGAAAAAAAAGUUUUUUCACUCUUCUCAAAACUGCCUCCCAAAAGUUAACACCAACAGAAAUAGACUAUGUAAUAGAUAAUUUAAAUCCUAAAUCAUACCAACAAAAACUUUUUUAUGUACAUGCUAUUGUCUAUUUCAAAAAAACUGAACAAUUAAUUCAAGUUCUCAAAGAUUGUAAUAGAGACCAUAUAAAAAUUGCAAUGCGGCAACACUGGUUUAUUCAGGAAGCUUUUAAAGACAUGGCACCCAAUACUUUGGUAAAUGAGUUCUUUCCAGAAGUGUCUUACAGUACUCGUCUUAAACUUCUGAAUAGAAUUCCAUGUUGUUGGAGUGAAGAAAAAAAUGAUGAUCUGUUCAGCUGUCUUCAGCGAAGGUAUGGUUUCUACGUUGCAUCGAAUGUACUACAAGCCUGCUCUGCUACUAUAAUUGAGAAGAUACUCAGUGAACAUGAAACUGUCUUAACCAUAAAUCAAGUUAUUUAUCUGUUGAAUAAAAACGAACGGCUAUUCAACAUAUACGUGGACCAUUGGGAAUCUAUAUUCAAAAAACCUUAUAAAGAAAAAAAUGUCAUAACUUUAUUAGCUUUUAAAUAUCCAAAAUUGUUUCUAGAGUUGUACCGUAAUGAAAAAAUCUGUUGCGACAAAUUAACAGCUUCUGCCAGUAUCAGUUUACUUACCGUUCUUAAAGAAGAACUUUAUAGUGAUUCAUACAGAUUUGGUAAAAUACUGAAUGCCAGAAAAUUAGUUGGAAGUCUUGGGUCAGAAUUUCAAAUAUUUUGCAGACAUCUGAUGCCAAAUAAGUUUGAAGAUUUAAAUGGAAAUUCUUUAUGUUUUCAACUCUUAAAAUAUGUUCCCAGAAAAACAAGAUGGGAAUUAUUUACCCAAUCAUUAAAUAUUGUUUUUCCACACAAAACUAUUAAAAAUUUUCUGGAAAUUAUUGACGAGACUAUUUUAAAGUUGAAUCCAGGUAAGGAAUUAAUACACCAAUGGGCUAGAAUCAAGUAUGAGAACAGUUCCGAUGACAACUUUUUGCAAUACUAUCCUAGUUCUGAGUCCAUUCCAGUUAUCAAGGAAAUGAUAAACCUCUGCUCUGAUAUGCGAAAUAGGCAAUCUUUAAUAAAACAUUUGAUUAGCACAUGUGCCCACAACAAUGAUUUGUUGUCUUUGGAUAAGGUUUUGGAGUAUAUAGUUUCUAGACACAAAAAUGAAGAACCCCAUGCUUAUAUGAGACAAAUACAAUUUUUACUUACGGCUUUUAAAACUGAAGAGUUUACUAAAGAACACUGGAAUUUUAUACAGCAACAGCUUGUUCUGAUGCGUGCAAAGGAUGUUGUUCAUUAUUCAGAGUAUAUUGAUAUAGAGGUAGCAUUUUUGGAAUACGCAUACAAAAAUGAUCGUAAUGCUUUCAAAUUAGAAGCUAUCGAGUUUAUGAAACGUGCAUGUGAUAACUCGUGGAAUUAUAAACGGAAUUUCGAGAAUUCUAAAUUGAAAUAUGAAAUCUUUCUAGAAUUAGUGUCGUGUCUUAAAGAGGUACCAUCAACAUCUGUCUAUUACAACGAUUUUCAAGCUUGUAUAAUAACUGAUUUGGUUGAUUUGUGCAAAAAUUAUCCCGAAAAAUGUAUUAAUAUAUCGGACUAUCCAGAAUUUGUGUCUGUCAUUGAAACAAUAUUGGCAAAAGAUGAAGAAUUUAGCUAUAGCGACUUUCAAGUUAUAUCGUCGAUAUUAACUUAUAACAUGGAAUUUCCACAGUUCGCUUUGACUUUUUUAACAGAAGAAAAAGUAUUGAAAGUAUUAAAAAAUAUUGCAAAUAUAUAUAGUAUAUGGUCUUUUAUCGAGUCUCUUACUUCAAAGAAAUGUUUUUCAGUAUUAGAAACAAACAUUCUAACUUCCUUGAUUGACCAAGUUGAUGAUAAUGGAUGGGAAUUGAGAUAUAUAUUUAAAUCCUUAGUUGUACAUCACCCAAAAAUUAUUUUGAAAUAUAUAAACAAAAUUGGGUACUCAAUGGAAUUUUGCAAGGAAAUGAAGCAUUAUUCUCAUUUGGAACUUGAUAAGAAGAUCUGUGAUUAUUUUAUAAAUGAUUGGCCGGAAGCAACAGAUGCAAGAAAAGAAACAGCUUUAAAGAUUCUUAUACAACUACUAGACGAGGACGAAUUUACUAAAUUUUUUAACGAGCACUUAAAAAUAUCUUUAACUAAACAUGAAAAUACUGAUGAGAUUGUCCUCAAUAAAGUUCAGAAGCAAAUACUAUGUUCUUUUAAAGAAGUUUUGCUUCCACAGAAAUACAUACCUUUGUUAUUAAAUGCGUGUGACGGAAAUUUCCAGGAAGCUGCACUACCUUCUUUUUGCAGUUUAUUUGCAAGAUCUCCUGAAAAAGUUCUUUAUUCUUACAUUGAAAGUAUGUUUAAGCAAAAUCCACAAAUGCAAGAAUGUAGCUUAAUACUAAGUAACCAAUUUUUGGAGCAAAAUUAUGUUGUUAAAUUAAUCAAAAUCAUAAAACCAACCUCUUAUUGUACUCUUAAAUUCAUAUGCUUGUUUGCACUAAAACUUUUCGUUAAAACAGAAUUUGAAGAUGUAUUAAAUUUAUUUAUAAACUUUACGAACAUGUUUGAAGAGUAUGAUAGAGGGAUUUUUUCUUCUUUUAUAAAAACGAAAGUGUCCAAGAAAUAUGCUUCUCGAUAUAUUGAAACUUGCUGGAACAUGAUCGAACGUUUCAUGUUAGCCAAAAAGAAAAGUUACGACUUUUUGGACAAAUUACUUGCACAAACAUUAGACGAAGAAGUUGUAAAAUCUCUGUCGUCAACGUUUGUUAAAAAUAUAAUUACAAAAUAUUUCACCGAAGGUGAUAAACGUUUGUCCAAUAUCAAUUCCUUCGUCUUGUAUUGUUUAGCCUAUCGAGAAGAAGAUAAUGAAAUUAAUUAUAAAAUGAUAUUUCAAAUGCUUGCUAAAUUGAGCAAAGGAAACAUUUGUUUAUUCUGUUACAAUUUCGUAGAAUUUCAAAAUAAUAUAAAUCAACGAUCAUUUGUUGAUAAUUUUAUACAACAUUGGAAACAGAACUUCGUUGCUAAGGAUACAAUCAAUGAACACGUUAUGCUGAAUCUGCUGUUCAAAAGUAUGAACGAGUCAAAAGAAGAUUUUGCGAAAAGUGUUGUAGAUUCUCUUCUACGAUCAAUUUCUGAUGUGGGUCCUUUUGUUUAUCUAGUUUACGCUAGAAACUUGGACGAGUUACUCAGUAAAACCAAACGUUUUAAUAUAUAUGAUUUACUACAUUUAAUGUUAUUAUACAAGCCGUCAUCAACAAUAUAUAUUUUUGUACUUAAUCUUUUAAAGCCUGUAGAUGAUGAAGAAACUGAAGAGGUGAAAAUUACUUACAAAAGUAUAUUAGGUAUAUUAAAAGACUCAAAAGAACCUAUUGUAAAAUGUUGUUAUGAACAGUAUGUUUAUAACAAUAAAAGUGCGUUCUAAUAAUCUUAUUAGCAUUCUCAACAUACCUAUACCUUCUGCAAAAUUUCAUGAUGCAUUUGCUUCACAAAUGUUUGCAUAUUCUCACUAACGUUGCUAAUUACAUUAUGUACUAUAAUACGAUCUGGAAAUUGUACGGAGUGAUUUAUUUUUAAAGUAUUUACAGCUACGGAGUAAGAGCGGAAAGACGUGUGUAAGACCAUAGACAUGGAGGUUGUUGAACAAAUAUUAACAGCAAUUAUAUUAAUAUUUAAUUUUGAAAAGUGCCUCAGAUUUUCGUGGAUAAAGGGGCAUCAUCAUCGAUUUCCGCAGAAAUUUACCUUAAUGUUUGAAGUUAACUCCAAAAGAAAGUGAAUGAUUUUUUUGACGAAUAAACCUUCGUACUUCAUCAUCCAAAAAUAUUGGUUUGAGGUCUUCUAUAUAGCGUCUACUACGUUAGAUAAAAAAAAAUAAGACAAUUUUCAGUUAAAUGUUCAAUACUGCAAUACAUUUUAACAAAAUCAAUAAUUGAAUAUUAAUUUGUUAACUACGCUUAAAUUGAAAAAAAAAUAUUUUAGCAUUAAUUAAAAAAUCAAAUAUGGUAACAAGUAGUCUGAAUUAAUAUCAGGAAACGUAAUAUUACAUAUUUGCAAAUAAUAUUAUACCAGGCAUGUAUCCCAACAAAUUCCAAAAUAAUAUACACAAUCUCUUUUAAUAAUCAGAUAGAUAUAAAUAUGAUAAAUAAAUAAAACUGAUUUCAACUGUAACCAAUGUAAUUCAACCAGUCUUAAUAAUUAAAUGUUUAUUUAAAUUAUUGCAGUAUGUAUUAGACUAUAAUAUAUAAUUAAAUGUUAUACUUUUGUUAUUUCAAUUAAAAGUUUAUUUUUAUUGGCUGCUAAGAAAAGUUUUUAUAUUUACUAGUGUUUUUUAUUAAAAAAUCUAUUAA